AGGCUUUCACAGGCAGACACCCACUGCCUCAGUACAUAAAGACAGCUCAGUCAGCUGAAGGCCGAGCGAUCGAGCUGGAGAGGUUACAAUCACAAUGAAGGGGAGCACGGUCCACGAGCACGAGACAGACGUCUCCGCCUCCGACCUGUGGGCGAUCUACGGCACGCUCCGCGCCGCCGAGCUGUUGGCGGAGCUGCUCCCGCAAGUCCUGGCCAAAGUCGAGGUCAUCAGCGGCGACGGCGGCGUCGGUACCAUCUUGCAGCUGACGUACCCCCCUGGCAUUCCGGGCCUGGAGAGUUACAAGGAGAAGUUCAUCAAGGUUGACAACGAGAACUACAUCAAGGAGGCGCAGGUGAUCGAUGGCGACAUCCUGAAGCUGGGGUUCCUCUCCUACAUGGUACGGUUCGAGGUCAUCGCAAAGGGGCCCGACUCGUCGGUGAUACGAUCGACUGUCGAGUACGAGAUUGAUGAAGCGCACCCGGAGCUUGAAGCCAUGGUGAGCCCGGCGCCUUUUGCUGCGAUCGCCGAGAAAUUCUCUGAGUAUACCAAGGAGAAGAAGCUCAUCACUCAGGCAGCCUCUUGAUUGGAAGAGCUCAAGAGCAAAGGUAGCGCAAAGUAACCAAACAGGGCCCUUGGUGCAGAGGCGAAGCGGGAGGCUCCGCCAAUAUGGUCCAUGUAAAAGACCGGCUUGCAAUCAGGGGUGCCUGCGCGAUCAGGGGUGCCUGCGCGGUAAUAAAUGGGCAAAAUGGCGCGGAUGGGAGAUUCGAACCGUGCACAACGGGUUUCCACCAAAGAACCGCUGUAUCACUUUGUGCCUUGCAUUGUAUGUUAAAACUUAAUCGAUUUGAACUGUUGGUUCAAUCGGU